GGGGCCCUGCAGUGGCGGCGGGGCUCCUCCUCCUGCUGCUCCUCCUCCUCGCUCGAGCGCCUCCCCGACCUCCCCCUCGGGCGCUCUCGCGCUAACUGCGCUCCUCCUGGGCCCCUCCGCCCGCUUCCAGCCAUGGUGGUCUGGCGCUCGGCGUUCUUCAUCUGCCUCGCUUUCUCCUUGGCCACUCUGGUCCAGAGAGGAUCUGGGGACUCCGAUUUACGUCUGGAGGAUGCAUUUGAAGCAACUUCCUCAGUAAAGCAGAGAUGGGACCAUGGCACCACCACAACCAAGAGGCCAGUAGCGACCAGAGCUCCAGCCAAGCCUGCAGAUAAUGAUUUUAACUUGGCUGAUGCCUUGGAUGAUCGAAAUGAUCGAGACGAUGGCCGCAAGAAACCGAGUGCAGGAGGAGGAGGUUUUUCAGACAAGGAUCUUGAAGACAUAUUAGGUGGCGGGGAAUACAAACCUGACAAAGGUGAUGGCCGGUAUGGCAGCAGUGACGACCCCGAAUCCGGAAUGUCGGCGGAGGCCGGCACCAUCGCCGGCGUGGCCAGUGCCCUGGCCAUGGCCCUGAUCGGCGCGGUCUCCAGCUACAUCUCGUACCAGCAGAAGAAGUUCUGCUUCAGCAUCCAGCAUGCAGCAGAAGGUCAAGAGGGUCUGAGUGCAGACUAUGUGAAGGGAGAGAACCUGGAAGCCGUCGUGUGCGAGGAACCCCAAGUGAAAUACCUAACGCUGCAAACGCAGUCUGCGGAGCCACCGCCCUCUGAUGCGCCCCGAAUCUGAGGGCGCCACUCUGCAGCAGGGAUGCCUCGUUUCCCUCGGACCCCCAGCUGCUGCACUGCUUUGCUGACAUCAUUGGCUUCUCGUCUUAAGUUUUCCAGAUGAGCUCUGGGUGCGUGUGAGUCUGCCUUCUGCGCCUGCCCUGCCACAGAGGCCCCGAAGACACUCAGGGUGGAACCCAGCGCCAGCACCAGCCUUGAAGCCGCCAGGCUGCCACCCCGGGGGCCAGCCUGUCCCCGGCCCUGAGGGAGCUGGGGGUGGUGAGACCGAGGUGAGGGAUGAGAGCUGGAACCCAGGGUGGUGUGAUGCCCUGCACUCCGCGUUAACUCAGUGUGUCUCUGGCAGUGACCUCCAAGUGCUGUGCAUAGAGCCCCUGCAUCAGGUAACCACACACACACACACACACACACACACACACACACACACACACGUGCACGCGCGCGCGCACACACACACACACACACACACACACCACCUAGUGCAGGUAAUGUGGGUCUGGGGGCGGCGGGGGGUACUUUCGGUCCUUCCUCGUCCCAGCUUUUACACUGCUGGGCUCCCAGACAGCUGCUCCAAGUAGUGGCUUUUCAUUUCUUUAAGGGCAAACACACCCACCCUGAGAGUUUAGGAACCUUCUGGACAAGUAGCUGUGACUCUCGGGCCUAACUGUCCUCUGAUUCCAUAGGGGCUUCGUGUGGUCUCCCAGCUGAUGUGAUUAGUUUUUAGGAAUCAUUUAUGCCUUGAAAUGAGUGCUCCUCUUCCACUCUGUGUUCUUGUUUUAGCAGCAAAAGGUACAGACAUCAAGGACGAGCAGCAAAGCCGGAGUGUGCAUGUUGUUUGCUUAAAAUUAUCUUUGAGGUUGGAGGGGGAUGGGGAAAGGGACGUCUCCUUGGUUUAGUGAAACCUGCCUGAGUCAGUGUGUCCACUUACCCUGCCUAGCCUGUUCUGAAGAGCCUUUGGGGUGUUACGCUCCCUGCGGUAAAUACCUGAACCCAGGCACUGUCCUGGAGCAGCUGUCUAGUCUGGGCUAGCUUCCUGGAAUGUUCCGUUUGACCCAUAUGUGGUCCUGUCUCCAGGCCCUUUGCUGAGACUGAGCUGAAGUCAAGAGCCACUAUCUACUGAUAAUCAGUUUGUAGUGUCCAAAAGCACUUCCAGAAGCAUAGGUCGGCCGGAAGGUGGGGUCCUAUUGAGACAACUCCACACGCCCCUUUGCGCCGCACACAGCCCCGCGCAUCGUACUGCCUGUGUGUUAGCUCCCUUGCGUUGGCUGAGCUGGGAGGAGGCGAGGCCGAGAUCCUAAGGAAACCGCUGAAAUCAGAGCGGGCCCUGCAGGUUGUAGAAUAUAUGCGUCGUGCGCUCAUGUUAGCAGCUGUUGUAAAACCACACAUGGGAUAGUCCUCCGCUACGGCGUGUGUCCCCAGGCUGCCCUGCAGACCCGUGCCCGUGUGUGCCCGUGGCCCUGAAAGGCCCCCCAGUUGGGGCUGAGUCCAGAUGGGCCAGGACUGUGCGUGUAUGAGGUGGGCAGGGAGCACUGAGACCACCCCUCUGUGGAGAGCCUUGGGUCAUCAACUUGGCCGCUUGUCCCUGCCAAGGAUGGUGAGGGCCGACGGCCCCACCCCUGGCUGCUGCUGGGCGGCCGGAGGGUUUUUGUAUCUGUGGCCUGUUGCCACCCAGUAUCCUAGGUAGUUGGAAUGGGGCAGGGAUCGGGGCCGCCCUCGGCAACUCACCAAGUCCGCAUGGCUGCCCACUGAGGUCCCCGAGGUGUGUCAAAGGAGGAAAAAUGAGGCAGCAGUUGUGUGUGGUAAGUUACUUCUCUCCCUCCCACGGUAGCAACUAGGAUGAGGAACGAUGUGGCCUGUGCGUCGCACUGUACAGCACGGCCGGAACUCCAGAGCUGGUCCACUAGGAGCCCCGAGGCUGGGUGUGCUCCGCCGUUGUCCGCUGUGACUUUACGGGGAGGCUUCUGUGGCGGCAGUGACCGUGCACCCCCACAGCUCUGAUGUACAGUCAGUGCUGCGUGGGAGUCUCUUUGCUCAAAGCGGUGAUUUCGGUUAAGAGACCCGUUUUGCGCUCCCUUACAAGAACGGCCCUAGCCCAGCACCUGGCCCUCUUAGGGCCAGGCCAGGCCUGGAAAGUCAUUGGGUCACCUGUUUGCAGAGCUCUCGCCCCUGGGGGUGCUGGGCACCGACUCCUGCAGAACCCUAGGCUCUUGGAACCAUGUCUAUUUGAAAGUUGCAUUGACCGCCCUGGGCUGGUCCCAGAUGACAGGAAAGACUGAGUGAACUAGAAGGGCCAGUUGAGGGUGUGUGAUCUGUACCAGCUUAACUGGGGGGCUGGAGGCUCAGUGUGGAUAACUGAGCACAGGAGCAAGGAGGCGUGGCAGCUGGUGCGCAGGGUGCUGUGGGGCCCCGAGACCAGUGCCAGGCCUGCUGAGCUGGGAGCGCCUGUGCACUCGUGUGAGGAAGAAGAAAUGGAGAUCGAUCUCAGAAUCCUCUGUACGUUUUAUGUGCUUGUGUUGAAAUGUGAACUGUGAACUUGUGUUUGCAUUAAACAAAAUGGAACCUAUCAGAUCAUUGUA